AAAGACCAGCAUACAAGGACCCAGGAUCAGGGACGGAGAUGGACAGGAGCAGAUAGAAAGAAGAGGCUGCACCCCAGAGUUACUCAUCACGACAUGGGAAACUAGAUGAGCAGGGAGGGGGGAAAAUAGCAAGCCACGAACAAGAGACCAGAAGCUGUGAAGGAGAACGAGAAACAGAGAAAAUGGUCUCGGUCGGCCUCCAGCUUGUGGGGUAUGUCCUCGGACUCUUGGGCUUGUUGGGCGCCUUGAUAGCCACGCUCCUGCCCAGCUGGAGAACCAGCUCCUACAUUGGCUCAAGCAUCGUUACAGCCGUUGGCUUCUCCAAGGGACUCUGGAUGGAGUGUGCCACCUACAGCACGGGUAUCACCCAGUGUGACAUCUACAGCUCUCUGCUCAGCUUGCCCUCUGACCUGCAGGCAGCCCAGGCACUGAUGGCCACCUCUGUUGCCGUUUCUUUGCUGGCAUCCAUCGUUUGUGUAGUGGGGAUGAGAUGCACCAUCUUCUCCCAGGGUUCCCCUGCCAAGGACCGGAUAGCUGUGAUGGGAGGGGCAGCCUUUGUGGUUGGGGGACUGCUCUGCUUCAUCCCUGUGGUGUGGAAUAUCCAUGUAAUCCUCCGUGACUUCUACAACCCCAUCGUCCAUGACAGCAUGAAGUUUGAGAUUGGGGAAGCGCUGUACCUGGGCAUCCUCUCCUCCCUGACCUCCCUCAUUGGUGGCUUCAUCCUCUGUGCCUCCUGCCCACCUCGGGACCCCCACACAGCCUUUUAUAGUCCUUACCGUGCUAGAACCUUGGGUGGCAGGAACCCACAACCACCUGGCACUGCUCAAAAGGCCAAGAGCGAGUUCAGUGCUUAUAAUCUGACUGGCUACGUGUAAAAGCAACUGGACUCAGCAGCCAGGGUUGCCCAGGUAGUGCCUCUGCUGCCCUCCUGUCGUGUAGAUGAACUGAACAGGUAAGCAGGCAGCCAUGCCUGUUCUUCCUACUCCCUUCUCUAUGAGGCACAACUUACCACCAAAGCCCCAGUUUCUCCCAGACCUUGCCAAUGGCACCACAUGGGCGUUGCUUACACACUGCCCUCUGGCUGCUUCAGCUUCCUUGUGAAUGCCAGAGAUAAGUCUUCUUUGGGGAAGAGCCCUUUUGCAUCCUGAGGGGCCAAACAUCUUCCAGGCAACAAGCUGCUAGUGCUCAGCACGGAACAGACAAGGGUAUGUCAGAGACAUCUGACAAAACUCCAUGGUUGUCCCGUGCUUAGGGGCAUACAGGGCUGGCCUGUCCUUUACAGAUGACAUUGAAAUGGAGAGAGGGUCGAGGAAGAGGGGCAAUCUAAACUUCUCAGUGGAAUUUGCAACUCUGGAGGAAGGUUCCUGUAUUUCAGUAGUGGGGGAAAGAAAAAUGCUGGCUUAAGCUGAAAUCCAGGAAGAAAUGUAGUCUGCAGAGCUGACAGCCCAACUACAAGCUUGCACCUGUCUACGCCUGUACCAUGAGUGACUGAGACUGUGAUUUCUUCUCACCCUUGGCUGAACCCCAGAAUUCCCCCAGUGCAGCCAGACCAGACUGUCCUGUGCCCAUUUCACUGGAAGGGGGUGGUUAAUCCUCAGUGACACAUUUCGAAAGGGGGCCUUGAAGUGCCCAUAGCCAAACAUUUUGUCCAGUCUUGGUGUGUUCAUUUAGACCUUGGCUUUGAAGAGCGGUGCUUCUUGCACGUGGGCGGGGGGAACACACUGACCUUGGCAGAUGGAAUAAUUCCAAAAUUAAAAAACAAAACCUGAAAGGAGACAGGCUGAAGACUUUUCUACUUCGCUAUAAAGGUUCUGAUCCGGCAAUCUCCAAACAUGCUGCUCAGGCCAACGUUCUUGUCCAGUGAUUUCAAAGGGAUCAUGUCAAUGUGACUCUCUGUUUGACCCACAAUCAGUGAACGGGUUUCAGCAGAACAAACGGAGUACCCAAAAAAAUCAGAAAAUGCAUGUGCAUUAGUGUUCAGGGGAAAUGUUCAAAACUGAUUGCUACCACCCUAAUCCGAAGUUUACAGGACCUCAGGAGAGUAAAGCCUAGUUUAGACAUGCAAGCAGAAUUAAAUGGUAGAAUGUGGAAGCUGUAGAAUGGACCGUACCACUUCAGACUGCAUGGGAGUGGGAUCAUGUACUUAACGUUCCGCUAUGUUCUGAUUUUCCACUUACAGGGCAUUAUUAAUCAAGAGGAAUUUUGACCAAUAGAGUCCCUCCCCUAAAGUGGUAUAGUCCAUUCUCCUUCCUCUAAUCUCUGUGGUCUCCUCGCCAUUUUGUCCUGCUAUGUGUGCACUCCAGGCCUCAGUCACCCUGUCCAAAGCAGCAAGAAAGUGAAGUAUACAUCAGCCUUUUACAAAUGCAAAAAAUUGCACUGCUGAUGCCCUCUGGGAUCCAGAGGGGGAAGGCACAUUUGCUCUAGAGAAGUUGCAUUUCUCAUUUAUCUUCAACACAUUAUUUGUGGGAAAGUCCCAAAUCUCUCGCAUCUGUUGGUUCAUUUCCCGCAUACUGGAAAAGACUGUGUGAGAAUACGGGAAGAUAUACACUGGGGCAGGGUAAUUCUCAACCUUCAAAGUAGGACCAAUUUUUAAACGUACUAUACUUUUUGGACUCACUUCUAAAUUUCCUGUAUUUUUGGGAACUUGCAAAGUAACUCCACACUACUUUGCCUCUCCCCAACAUACAAUGCAGACAUUCCUCAUCAGUCGAGGUUUAGUAUUUAUGAAUAUAUAGCACUAAUGAGCAACAGGCUACAUUUCCUGGACGUUUCACAUAUUAUGCAGAGGCAAAUCCUAAUUUGCCAUACAGUCUCCCAGAGCCUCCUGUCUCCAUUCAUCCUCCUUCAUGGUCUCACAAUCUGCCUGCAAAAGAGUUGUUGUGACCAUACACUUGAUAACUAUUGCACAGAGCAGAAGGAGAAAGGACUAUUUCUAAGGGUCCCAGGUGGAUGAUUGAGGAUUCUGUGGUUAUUUCUAUCCGUGCCAGUAGGUAAGCCAUAGCAUCACUCUAAGAAGAUCAGGUGAUCUCUGACUGAAGGAAUGGGAGAGGACAAGUUAUAUUGGUAGACCGCCCAAUAAUCUACAUGCUGCGAAGGCGUGGUGAGCUAAUGGGUUGAAUCCCACAGAACAUUUCCACCAACAGAUUUCCAUCAGUGGAAUGCAACUUACAUACAUUCUGGUUGGUGGAAAUGCUUCAUAGGAUCCAAGACAGUAACAGUCCUGUUCACAACUACAGCAAACUGCCUGGAAAAUAAUGUUGCCCUGACAUUAUUAGAGGUGUCAGAGAGCUGAGGCAAAAAAAGGUCUCUAAAGAAAUCUCACAGUAUUUAAGGUCACAAAUUGUACUGGAGGAAGCUAUGUUAGUGUGCAACAACAAAAAAAUGGAAUCUGGUGGACCAUAAACAUUAAUUGAUUUAUAGCAGGAUACGCUUUGAUGGACGUCAGCAAAUAUGAACAGCAAAAGGUGAAAUUGUGAAGAGCAGGUUUAAAGUACAUGAAAUGCAAAAGGUAUAGCUUGUGACAUUUCUACACACAACUCAAACUCAUCCUCCAAAAUGACAUUUAGCUAUAAUCAUAUGCUGUCUGCACAGGACAAACAGGUCUGUCUCCAUGCAAGAGAAUAAAUGGAUAGAAAUGUGAAAAAACGGCCACUUCCCGAAACCUGGGACAGAACAUUUCCAUCUACCAGGAUGUUCUGCUGCUAAUGUGAAAUUCAGCAUUGUUCAACAAAGGAGCUUCAAAGAGAGUCUUCCAAUGAGAAACUGUUCCACUAGAAUUUAUUGACAGGUUUAAUUGCAUUAACCAGGACUUCAACAGGUCUGACACCUUUCUGAGCCUCUAUCGAUAUUAAAUUGCUUAACAUAAUUUA